UCUUGCCUGGUUUGCAUUGAUUUCCAUGAUUACCCUUCAGUGGACACCAUAUUGCCAAGUGUGUCCUCCACAGCUUCUCCUCUUCCACGAAGAUACGCCGAGCUGGUGGUUUUUCACUUUCUCAUCUGAUCAUCUGCUAACCUCCGUGCUCAUUAACAAUAGUCCAAAGACGUCGGAGAACAGAGAGAACCCAGAAACGGGGAAACCUCGGCAACUACUCUGGGAAGUUGAAUUCAUCUGCCUAAAUCGGCUGUCAAGUUCCUCUCUUUAAUAUUUCUCGUUUGGGUGCAGAUAAAUGCUUCUGACACCACCAGCACUGUCUUCUAUCCAAUGGAGUCGGUCUCAAACAGCUGUUUGUCUGGAAGGAAUGGAGUUUGAGACGCCUCAAUUAUCAUCUCUAAGUUCUUGUGGUCUUUACUUUAAGUUUAAUUAUAAGCAAUGGCAGAGAGGUGAUCUAAAGAUUUCAAGAACCUUCCUCUGUUCCAGCCAGAAGCCCAGAGAAGAUUUCCCUUUCAAGAGAAAACAAGUACGCCCACAAAAUGUGGAUCUUCCACCCAUACUACCCAAGAGAAAGAAGAAACCUUAUCCCGUUCCAAUAAAGAAAAUUCUGCAAGCCUCAAGAAAGGACAAAAAACUUGCACAGAUGGGAAUAGAGAAGCCCUUAGAGCCUCCAAAAAAUGGGUUACUAGUACCUGAUCUGAUUCCUGUUGCUUACGAAGUGCUAGAUGCCUGGAAAAUUUUGAUUAAAGGGCUUGCCCAGCUCUUGCAUGUUAUUCCUGUUUAUGGUUGCAGCAGUGAAUGUUCAGAAGUUCAUGUCGCCGAGGCUGGUCACCACAUCCAAAAUUGCUGUGGCCCAACGAGUGCACAACGCAGGAGCUUCCAUUCAUGGGUCAAGGGGUCCAUCAAUGACAUACUUCUUCCUAUUGAAUCAUAUCACCUAUAUGACCCUUUCGGACGACGAAUCAAGCAUGAGACUCGGUUUGACUAUGACAGGAUUCCAGCUAUUGUAGAGUUAUGCAUCCAAGCUGGUGUGGAUAUACCAGAAUACCCUUCACGUCGAAGAACUAACCCUAUCCGUAUGAUUGGGAAGAAAGUGAUUGACCGUGGUGGAUUUGUUGAGGAGCCUAGACCUUGGCGGUUUGUCAAUUCAUCCUCAUCCCCUCUCGUUGAUCUUGAUACACACGGUGCUUGCAGCCGAUAUCCACCUCCUCCAUUGGCAGAUGUACCAAGGAUUGCCCAGGAAACAAUGCAUGCAUACGAGACUGUUAGAUCAGGGGUAACUAAAUUAAUGAAAAAGUAUACAGUCAAAGCAUGUGGAUAUUGUUCAGAGGUUCAUAUAGGACCAUGGGGUCACAAUGCAAAGCUUUGUGGGGAAUUCAAGCACCAAUGGAGGGAUGGGAAGCAUGGUUGGCAAGAUGCCACUGUGGAUGAAGUUUUCCCGCCAAAUUAUGUGUGGCAUGUCCGGGACCCCAAAGGACCCCCAUUGAGGGGUGCACUUAAGAGGUUUUAUGGAAAGGCUCCUGCUGUGGUCGAAGUGUGUAUGCAGGCAGGUGCAGAGAUCCCAAGGAAAUACAGGUCCAUGAUGAGGCUAGACAUUGUAGUCCCUGACAGUGACGAGGCACAGUUGGUUGCAUAGGGAUAUACAAUAGAAGCUUCAUCUUUCAGCAAUACUAUUUGGUAAGUGUAUAUAUUAGUGUCAAGUUCUUAUUAUGAUUUGUUCAUAUAAAGCUAAGUUAGAAAAGGCAUCUGGAAUUCAAGACCGCUAUAUUUUGCUUCCUAACUCUUGACACUUAGCAAUGUAGUUGUAACAUGAAUUCAAUGAGUGAACGAAUUCUCUUCAUUGAUCGGUGUUUCAAUCUUAUACAUCAUUACGAUCA